AUGGCGAGACGGCCACGUCAGGCCGCUCAGGCCGCGGCCAUCUCCAUGCGAAGCACCCGUAUCCCUGUCCUCUCGGACAACGAAGACGAAGAGAUGGUCGACGCUCCACCCACUGACCCAGCGACGCCGAGAGAGGAUGAGGAUGACCAAGCGCAGAACGACGAAGGCGACGAAGGGGAAGAUGAUGGCACUCCAUCUCAGGCUUCUCCAGCACCAUCGCGGUCAGCGACUCCCCGUCGACGAGGGAGAGGUGGUGGUAGAGCUAGAAGAGGCGGUGCCAGGUCGACAAGAAGCAGAGCGCCUGUCUCAGAAGAUGAAGCACCUGAAGUGCCCUCAGAUCCACCACCAAAAAGACGAGGCGGUUUCCGUGGCGGCAACAGAGGUCGCUGGGCUAAUCGCAAGUCAGGAGUUUCAAGGAAUGUGCCUAUGGACGAAGAUGGAAAUCCGAUGGAGGUCGAGGAUAAUGAACUUGUUCUACCAGAGAUUCCUGAGGGCGAGGAGAAAGUUGCAAAGAGUGGCGAGCUCUUGGGCGGAAGGGAAUAUCGCGUGCGCACUUUCACCCUUCCCGGACAUGGCGACAAACUCUACAUGCUUUCGACCGAGCCAGCACGUUGUCUUGGCUAUCGCGAUUCUUACUUGUUCUUUACAAAGCACAAGUUCUUGUACAAAGUCCUCCUCGCUGAAGACGACAAAGUCUAUCUCAUCGAGCGAGGCAUGAUACCCAGCAGCUACAAAGGCAGGUCGAUCGGCAUAGUAGCCGCAAGGUCAGUGUUCCGAGAAUUCGGUGCUAGAAUCGUGGUAGGCGGCAAGAAGAUUACCGACGAUUACGAUGAGCAGGCUGCCCGCGAGAGGGGCGACGUCGAGGGCGAGCUGGCAGAUAUGAGAGAUGCACUACCCGGUGCCGGCGAGUCGUACGACAGAAAUCAAUAUGUGGCUUGGUUUGGUGCGAGCAACGUCUACAACGCCAAUAAUAUUGCAGUCGUGCCAGGCAAGAAAGGCCCUGAAGGCAAACGAAAACGUAUCAUCAUAACGAGCGACAACUGGCUGUAUGAGCAUGCACGAAGCACAAGCCAGUUCAACUCAGCAUUGGUACAAGCCAGACAAGCGAAUUUCGAUGGUCUCUAUGAUAUCCAUACCAACGUCAUGCAGUGGCCACGGCACAUGCAAUCAACUCAUGGCCACUGGGAGAAGGUCAACGACAGAGAGGCGGAAGACGAAGAGGAAGGAUAUCGUCUGCCACCCUUGGACCCGGUCUAUUCACGCAACUUCAGAAUACACGAUUUUGCCGUGGAGGCUCCCCCAGAUUCUCAUCUUGUGCCGCCGGGCAUGGAAUGGGACGAGAAUAGUCUAAGCUCAAUACCGACCGAGGUACUGGACGAGCUGCCCCUCGACUGCCUGGAGGCCCUGAAGAAAGCACAGUCUCGAGAGACCGAAUGGCGUAACAAAUGGAAGAGCGAGAAACGAGAUGGCCUUCGCGCGAACUUUCUGCCUUCGCUGGAAUGGUAUCCAAAGUCAUAG